UUGUUGUUUAACACUCAUGGUCGAUGGACUAACAACUUGACCAGUUAAUUUAAUAUUUAAAUUAACAUUUAUAGAGAAUCAGAUUCAUAACAUAUGUUAUUUCGAGACGACAAGCUAAGAUCGUAAUGAAUUGAUUUUUGCCAGUGAUUAAUGUAUUUACGUUUACAUGGAAUAUGUGAGAAAACAUGUGCAACGAGUCUAGCCAAGGGUUAAGGUUAGACUGAACGCACUUUUUGUCAAUUGCACAACUCUCUCGCCUAGUCCCAUUCCCAUUCUCAGUUUCCAGUCCUCAGUGCCCAGUCCCCAGUGUCCAAUUGGUACAGUGCAAUGUCUGCCAAGCCGCCAAUUUUAAUCAUUGAGCCAUUCUUUGGUGGCAGCCAUAAGCAGCUAAUAGAUACGUUAGUCGAGUGUCUCAAUCAGGCCGACUAUGAGAUAUUCAGUCUUCCCGCCAAGAAAUGGCACUGGCGUGCUCGCACCUCAGCUUUGUAUUUCUCGCAACUCAUUCCGCCGGAGCACGAUUACAAAGUGCUCAUCACGAGCUCCGUGCUGAACUUGGCCGAGUUGAUAGGCGUGCGUCCCGAUCUCGUCACUUGCCGGAAGAUUGUCUACUUCCAUGAGAAUCAACUGGUUUAUCCCGUACGUGAGGUGAAAGAGCGCGAUUGUCAAUAUGGCUUGAAUGAGAUUCUCACCUGCCUGGCUGCGGACAUCGUCCUCUUUAACUCCAACUUCAAUCGCAUGUCAUUUCUGGACAAUGUGCAGCCCUUUCUGAACAUACAGCCGGACUUUAAACUGAAGCACAUACGUGAACGCAUCGAAAAGAAAUGCGAAGUACUGUAUUUUCCGAUCAAGUUUCAUGCGUUUCCCAACAAGCGACACAUUAUGGACACGGCGGAGUUGAACACGGAGUUGGAUUGCUUGCAUCUGAUAUGGCCACAUCGCUGGGAGCAUGACAAGAAUCCCAAGUUGCUGGUGGAAGUCUUAAUGGAGCUGAAUAAGCGACAGGUUGACUUUAAGGUGACAAUAUGUGGAGAGAGCUAUCAGGCGAUACCAGAGGCCUUUGAGGGCAUUCAGGAGAAACUGGGCGCCAAGCUGAUCAACUUUGGUCACUUGACACGCGAGAAGUAUAUUAAAACCUUGUUAACUGGCGACAUUGUCAUCUCGACGGCUGGCCAUGAGUUCUACGGUGUUGCCAUGUUGGAAGCCACCUAUUGUGGUUGCUAUCCGAUUGCCCCCAAUAAGCUCGUCUAUCCCGAAAUCUAUCCAAAGGAGAAUCUAUAUAAUACGUCCAAUUCGCUUAUCAAAAUGCUUUACAAUUGGUGCCGAAAUCCCCAAAUCUUUCGUCGGCAUCGUGACAAAUUCUUUGAUUAUUUUACCUUUGAACGUUACUCGGCACAACACUUGGUGCCCAAAUAUCUGGAAAAGAUGCGCAUUUCCGUUUAAAGUGGGCCUUAUAAACAUAUAUAAUUAAGAUGAUAUCUAAAAUACAUAUAUAAUAUGAGAAUUCCAGUUGCUGUUUUGUGCAAUACGCAUCGAAUUUAGUUCAUAAGCCAAUAUGCAAAUUAUAAAGUAAUCAUAACUGACCAAUUUACCAGACUAAACUAUACAUAUAUGUAUGUAUAUAUAGGUUGAUAGCUUAAUACAGAUUUUAUGUACUUGAUUUUAUUUUUUUUUUUCAUUUCAAUAUUUGUCAAUUAUCUAAUUUACGAUUUCCUCUUAAAACUUGUUAAUUUUAUAUACAGUUGUUAGCAGCUAUAUACAGUAUGUCAAGUAAUUGUUUUGGCAAUGGAUGUAAGUCACAAAUUUAACAUCAUUUAUUACAACUGCAUUGAUAUUAUGAGAUCUUAAAAAUUGAAAACAAAUGUCAAUAUAUUUUUCUUAGCCAAAACAAUUACUUAAAAUGCUGUAAAUGCAUGUUGUUGUAAUUAAAUAUGCGUUUAGCAAUAAGUUAAAAUUGCUUUUGUUAUGAUCUAAGCGAUCCACACACAGACAUAUGUUUUUUAUAAACAAUUAUCUUUAACGUUUUAUUGCUAUAUGAUUUUGGAUUAAAUGCUCUGUGAAAGAAAGUGUA